CAAUCCUAUGAUCCUAUCCUAACAAGUUGAGCAGGCCACAUUGACGUUGUGGCCUCGCAGGCCGAGUCUAACGGUCCACUCUGCUCAUUCAACCGGUGAGUGUUCGGACGCACUCGGCUCGGGCGGCGCGCGCCCGUGAGUACGACCUUAAAUAAGGGGCAGGGCUCCGUCGGCACAGCACAACCCGCCGCCUCCCCCCACCGAUGCAGCGGAUCUGCGCUGCCGCGUGUCCUCUAUAUAAACUGCACUGAGCGGCCAGAGCGCACAGCUUCAGUGGACAGCUCCGUGGUGCUGACAUCUCGGAGACACCACACACACACACACACACACACACACUUUAACUUCCCCACUUACACACACACUGCGGCCGCGCUACGCCUGGAACCAUGGACGGCUUCUCGUGGAAACUUUUUCUACUCCCGUGCCUGGUCGUUCUGGAGUGCUGCGCGCAAGACUUCGGACAGACGCAGUUCAUUUGCACGUCGGUGCCCAAGGACAUGGACCUGUGCACGGCCACGAUGCAGAACAGCGGGCCGGCGGAGGACCUGAAAACCACGGUCAUGCAGCUGCGGGAGACCGUGCUGCAGCAGAAGGAGACCAUCAUGAACCAAAAGGAGACAAUCAGGGAGCUAACGUCCAAGUUGAGCCGCUGCGAGAGCCAGAGCCUCCCCGCGGCGGCGGGACCCGGCGGGAGGCGGCCGGGGGCGAAGAACACGAUGGGGGAUGUAUCCCGGGGAACCACGGACACUCUGGCACAGCUGGGACAGACUUUACAGACGCUCAAACAGAGACUGGAGAACCUAGAGCAGUACAGCCGAGGGAACAACACCGUGCAGGCGAACAGCCUGAAGGAUCUGCUGCAGAACAAGAUAGACGACAUGGAGAAGCAGGUUCUGUCCCGGGUCAACACGCUGGAGGAGACCAAACCGGGCCCCAGGAACGACACGGAGCAGCGCAACCGAGUGGAGUCCACGCUCACCACCCUGCACCACCGGAUUACUGACCUGGAAAAAGGUAAAGACACCAGGCCAAUAGAUAAAUUCCAGCUCACCUUCCCCCUGAGAACCAACUACAUGUACGCCAAAGCCAAGAGGAGCCUUCCUGAGAUGUACACCUUCAGCGUGUGUCUGUGGAUCAAGUCCAGCGCCUCGCCCGGGGUGGGAACGCCCUUCUCCUACGCCGUGCCGGGUCAGGCCAAUGAGCUGGUCUUGAUCGAGUGGGGCAACAACCCUAUGGAACUUCUCAUUAAUGACAAGGUCGCGAAGCUGCCAUUCCUCAUCAACGACGGAAAAUGGCAUCACCUGUGCAUCACGUGGACCACCCGUGACGGGAUGUGGGAGGCCUUCCAGGACGGGGUGAUGCGGGACAGCGGGGAGAAUCUGGCACCGUACCAUCCCAUCAAGCCUGAGGGCGUGCUGGUCCUGGGACAAGAGCAGGACACGUUGGGAGGAGGCUUUGACGCAACACAAGCCUUUGUCGGAGAGCUUGCGAACCUUAAUAUCUGGAAUAGGAAACUUUCCAUCGCCGAGAUCUACAACUUGGCCACCUGCAACAGCAAAGCACCGGCUGGUAACGUCUUCUCCUGGACGGAGAGCAACAUUGAAAUAUUUGGCGGAGCGACCAAAUGGACCUUUGAGCCUUGCCGCUCGCUCAACUAAACCGCUGUCCGCCGCUCCCCCCCAAAAAAAGGCCUCUCUGUGUUUCUGAGCUUUUGUCAUUCUUGUUUUUCAUUUGACGUUCGUUAGAGACUACUUGAGUCGUCGGUAAGCUUAAAUCUGGGAUUUCUAUCAUUCCUUAGGUAUUUAUGUGCAAAACAACACCUUUCAUCUUGAGGGAGAUUUAAAAAAUUCCCAAAUCGUCUUGGGAACCUCAAUGAGAAAGCAUUGGUAUCUGUUGCUCCUUUUUUCCCCCCUCUCCCCUCAGAUGUUCAUUUAAAAGCACACCAAAGCUUUUCGUUUGGCUUCUUUUCGCCUUGGACUAGCAGCUGGCAAUCUGCGCCUUAUGUUUGGACAAUUCACAAUCCAAGCGAGGAAUUACAUAACCACUCCCACCCUUUCCCUCCCAGGAGAACGGGGUGAUUAUGCCGUCUGUCCAAUUCUUGUCCGUGUUUGGCGCUGUGAAGUGUUUUCUGACGCGGUACAGCUCCCUGCGAGCCCCAAUUGCCCCCCCCUCCCCCCCCCCUCCCCCUCCUCCAUUCCGGAACUUGCACUGUGACUGACGAAGAGAACGCCAGGGGAGGAGGGUACGCUGAAGGACACUGCAAAGUCAGACUGUGGUACAAAUUUGUAAUCAUCGUUCGCUUCAAGUGAUUCUGUGAGAAUGUCGUUAACUUGCCAACAUUGCUACAAAGCCUGGGUGCCUUGGGCUGGUACAAAUAUUCAGCACAUUCAGUAUGUUUUCAGCUGCAAAUUCAGUGUUUAUUGGUUUCUGUUUUUUUCUCUUCCUUUUCCCCUGAGCUGUUUUGAGUUUCCUGUCCCUCUGGUAAAUGUAAUUUAAUUACAGUUUGUUAUCUGACAUGACGUGUUUUGGCAGGUGUUUGUACUACUCUGUAUUAGGAAUGUUACAGUAUCUGUGUAGUAACAGCAUGAAUGACAGAGUGCCGUGAAAGCAUUUGUGGAAAUCUGCUUUACUAUCUUCUCUGGGUCUGGGUUUUUUACUGUAUUGUUAUAUGCUCCAAGCAUGGCAAAAACUGAGAGAUGAAGAAUUUAAUUUUUGUAAUAAAAUUGUGAUACUUAAUGUCACAGUGAA